UCCAACUUAAGAGCUAUAUAUACAGCGAAGCAAACAGACUCCUAUUUCAGUAGGGCUUAUUAGUGUUUAACACUCUCCCAAGGCCAACUCUUUUUCCACUGUUCUUCACCAAGUUUCAAUCUUUUUCGCCACUUGCAUCCAUAUCCAGUGUUAAAGGAGUAAUCUUUUUGGUUGUUGGGUGUGUAUGAUGGGGGAGAGGAGUUUCUUUCAGUACCCUCCAUCUGGGGCGGCUCACCAGGCUUCUCCUCAUAGGUCUAAUUCUAUCCCUUCAGAUCGUGAAAGAUACUUGGCUGAACUAUUGGCGGAGAGACACAAGUUGGUUCCAUUCGUCCAAGUUCUACCACAAUGUAGUAGGCUUCUUAAUCAAGAAAUCAGACGUAUAUCAGGUUACAGUCAGGGUUAUAUAGAUCAUGAAAGAUAUGAGCAUGAUAGUCCAUAUAGAUCAUUAGGUCAACAUACAAAUGGAAGGCCGAUGGAUUUGGAAGCAUGGCCUCGUAUGCCAACAGAGGAAAAUGGACAUUUUCAAAGAAUGGCCUCAUUUCAGGCUGCUUCCGUCGGGUGGCCCGGUGUCCAAGGAAUCCCGACCACACCUGUCGUGAAGAAAGUAAUUAGGCUUGAUGUUCCUGUUGACGAAUACCCAAGUUAUAAUUUUGUUGGCCGAAUAUUGGGACCACGAGGGAACUCGCUGAAAAGAGUUGAAGCCCUGACAGAAUGCAGGGUUUAUAUAAGAGGCAAGGGAUCAGUAAAGGAUUCUGUAAAGGUGUUGCCACAAAUAGGUCUUCAUCAACCUUAUUUAAUGGAAGAGAAACUAAAAGAUAAACCCGGUUAUGAGCACCUCAAUGAGCCACUGCAUGUGUUAGUGGAGGCUGAAUUUCCAGAAGAUAUUGUAGAUGCUCGAGUGGAACGUGCUAUAACGAUACUACAAAGUCUCUUAAAGCCUGUGGAUGAAUCUUUGGAUCACUAUAAGAAGCAGCAGCUAAGAGAAUUGGCCAUGCUAAAUGGAACAUUAAGGGAUGAAAGUCCUAGUAUGAGUCCAAGCAUGAGCCCUAGCAUGUCACCCUUCAACACGGCCGGACUGAAACGUGCCAAGACCGUAAGAUGAACCGUAUUUAAUGUUGACACAUAUUGUGUUAUAUGCUGGAUGACAGAUGACCGAUGACUGCAACUGAUGGAUAGAAGACUGAUAGCUUCUUAUGUAUUCUAAUUCUCACAACCUUGGGACGACGACCACCUUGGAGCUGACGGUUCGGAAAUGGCUAAUGGAACUUCUCGACUUGGGGGGACGGGGGCGUAAUUGCAUGGAAUCGGUGGUGGGGGUUCGCGAGAUUUGUCGACUAUAUAUGGUUUUGCAUUUUAUGUUUAAUAUUUUAUUCAUUUGGUGUAUCAUUCCUGCAAACAUAAAGUUAGUAAUUUGACUGAAAAGAUGAGGUUAAUUUAAUGUAAUUUAUGAAUGUUUCCAGCUGCUGUAAGCUGUAGCAUAAAGUGUAUUAGAAGAUUCUUUCAAUUGGAUUAUUCUGCAGUACAAUAAUAUUCUUAUGAGCCCUAAA